CAAACCAAUACAUCAUUACGCGGCCGCCGACUACGUACCAUGCCGCCGCCAUGAGGAGACAGCUCUGGGCACCCUUCGCCAUGACCAUUGAUCCUUGAUGCUUGCUUGCAUUCUGGGCGGCUCUUCGUCCCCGCAAGCACUGUCGUCAUGGGUGUCAACGGGCUUUGGACUGUCGUCCAGCCGUGCGCUCGCCCGACCAACCUCGCCACCCUCAACCGGAAGCGCCUCGCCGUCGACGCGUCCAUCUGGAUAUACCAAUUCCUAAAGGCCGUGCGCGACAAGGAGGGGAACGCGCUGCGCAACUCGCACGUCGUCGGCUUCUUCCGUCGCAUCUGCAAGCUGCUAUGGUUCGGCAUCCUGCCCGUCUUUGUCUUCGACGGCGGCGCCCCUGCCCUCAAGCGCGCCACCAUACAGAGGCGCCAGCGCAGGCGCGAGGGCCGUCGCGACGAUGCCGUCAGGACCGCCGGCAAGCUGCUGGCCGUCCAGAUGCAGCGCAUCGCUGUCGAGGAGGAGGAGAAGCGCAAGAAGGAGCAGCAGGACGCCGACGUUGCCGCACGCGAGGCCCGCCUCCAGGAGGACGACGUAGCUGCCGCGAGCACCGCAGAUGUCGGAUACAUGGCUGAGAUAGGCAUGUCGCCACAGGAAAAGGCCCAGUCGAGGAGGUUCCACAAGCAGGACGCGUACCACCUCCCCGAACUUGACGGCGGAAUAGCCUCCAUGGGCAAGCCCGACGACCCGCGCAUCAUGAGUGUCGAAGAACUCGAGGAGUACGCUCGACAGUUCCACAAUGGGGAGGACAUCAACUUGUAUGACUUUAGCAAGAUCGAUUUCGACGGCGAUUUCUUCAAGAGUCUCCCCGCUCCGGAUCGAUAUAACAUUCUCAACGCCGCCAGGCUACGAAGUCGGCUCAGAAUGGGCCUUAGCAAGGACCAACUAGACGACAUGUUCCCCGACAGAAUGGCCUUUUCCAGGUUCCAGAUAGAAAGAGUCAAGGAGAGAAAUCAUCUCACUCAACGACUCAUGGCCGAAGUGGGCAUGACGGGUACCGACUUGACCUUGGGAGUAAAUGCCCGCGUCGCUGGCGAAAGGGACCGCGAGUACAUUUUGGUCAAGAAUGAAGGCGCCGAGGGCGGCUGGGCCUUGGGCGUCGUCAGCAAAGACAAAGACAUUGGAGAGGCGCACAAGCCCAUCGACGUAGACGCCAUCCAGGUGCAGUACCAGACCAAGGACGCGGAGGAGGAGGAAGAUGACGACGACUUCGAAGACGUCCCCAUCGAAGGCCUGAAUCGUCUUCCGAAAGCAACUCCCGUAAACCUUGGCGUCACUCACGCCGCACGGGAAAUGGCAGCCCAACGGCAGCGGUUCCACGAGAACCAGUCACACGCCACUACAAGCGAACAAGACGAUGACGAGUCUCUCUUUGUUGGGGGCAACACCGGGGAAACGGCCUCUAUUCUUGGAGGCGAACCACAGGAGAGGAUGCACCCGGAAGAGGAGGACGAUCUCAGCCGCGCGAUUGCUUUGUCUCUCAAGAACCAACACGACUUCGACAAGGAUUCGGAUGCCGACGAGGAGUUUGAGGAUGUGCCCGAGGCUGCACCAGAAUGGACACAGAAGGCUGUGAAGGAGUCGAGGCCGAUAAUGUCCAACAGCGGUUCCAUGAUCGCGCACAUCGUCAACAACAGAGCCAGCGCAGCUGUGCCCAAGCGAAAAGAAGAGACGGCGCCCCAUGAGAGCGACAGCGAGGAGGAUAUGCAGACCGUGUUGGCUCGGUCGCGGAAAGCAAAAGCAGCGCAGCCCAAACCCGUCGUGGAGAACAAGAAGAACCCGUUUGACGGACCGUUGCCGUUUCCGAAACUCGACUGGCGCAAGUCACUGUUCGCAAAAGGACCUACGGAGGAGGGCAGAUCAGACACAGGUCAGGCCGAUGGCAGCGGUAUAAUAGCCGAUGAUAUGGCUGGCGGGUUCGAAGCUGAGCAGCCUCAAGAGCAAGAUGGGCCCCUGCCAUUGCCCCCUUGGCUGGUCGACAACACAGACAUCAGAGAAUCACUGAAGAAGCAGCAAGACGCCGAGCGAGAGAUCAACGAAGAAGACAGACGAGAGGCGGAAGAGGAAGAGCGGAAGAUGCGACGAGACAUGCAAGAUCGUUUGAUUGAGAUCGACUCAUCAUCGGACGAUGGGAGCGACGUUGAGAUUGUCGAGAUCCCACCUUCACCGGAGCCACAGGACGGCCAGGAAUCGCUGACCAUCGGCGCCAUUGAAGAAGCUACGAGUGGGGUCGAGGACGCCCAAUCUACAGCAUCCCUGGUGCGGGGAAGAAGCCAGGUCCCAACACCAGAGUCAGCAUCUGAAGAGCAAGACACGGCCCAGGAUCCGCAAGGUGGUAGUGAAUUGUUCUCGGAAGCAGGACCGGCAUCAGCCACUCCGGAGCCAGAGUUCGAGGACGUGCCAGAGGUAGAGCCGACAGCGGCGCCAUCGGCACCAGUACGCGAAGAGUCACCUCUGUUCCCCGAAGCUCCUCAGAAUGCCUCACAGUCCGAAUCUCAAACCCAAGGCGGGGCCACACUUGAUGACCCGUUUGCGGACGUGGAGUACGACGAGUUCAGCGAUGCUGAGGAUGAAGAGCUCAUGAUGCAGAUGGCCGCAGAGGCCGAAGAACAUGCCAGAUUCGCGAGCGAGCUGAACCAAAAGUCAGCGGCGCAGAACAAGGAGGAUUACGAGAAAGAGCUGCGGGCUUUGCGCAAUCAGCAGAAGAAGGAUCGCCGCGAUGCAGACGAAGUCACGCAGGUCAUGAUUUCAGAGUGUCAAGCCCUCCUGCGUCUCUUUGGCAUCCCAUACAUCACCGCGCCGAUGGAGGCUGAAGCCCAAUGCGCUGAGCUGGUGCGCCUAGGGAUCGUCGACGGCAUCGUCACGGACGACUCGGACACGUUCCUGUUUGGCGGCACGCGGGUCUACAAGAACAUGUUCAACAGCAACAAAUUUGUCGAGUGCUACCUCGGUGUAGAUCUCGAAAACGAAAUGUCACUCUCGAGAGAGCAACUCAUCUCCCUCGCGCAGCUUCUUGGCUCAGACUACACGGAGGGCCUGCCUGGCGUCGGCCCUGUCACCGCAAUCGAAAUUCUGUCUGAAUUCCCCGGAAAGCGGGGACUAGAUGACUUCCGGGAAUGGUGGACCGCAGUUCAAUCCCAGAAUCGACCCAAAGAGGCCGACGCCUCGUCGCCCUUCCGCAAAAAGUUCCGCAAGUCUCAGGCAACGAAGCUCUUUCUCCCCCCGGGCUUCCCGAACCCUGCAGUGUACGACGCGUACCUCCAGCCGGAAGUCGACCACAGCGCGGAAGCCUUCCAGUGGGGCGUGCCGGACCUGGAAGGGCUGCGGCGCUUCCUCAUGGCGACGAUCGGAUGGAGCAAGGAGCGCACGGACGAGGUGCUGGUCCCCGUGAUCCGGGACAUGAACAGACGGGACGUAGAAGGCACGCAGAGCAACAUCACGAGAUACUUUGGGGGCGGCGUAGGUGUUGGGGCCAAGGAAGCCUUUGCGCCAAGACAAAAGGCUCAGGGCAGCAAGAGGAUGCUGGCCGCGGUGGACAAGCUGCGAGCCAACGUUGGAGGCGCUGAAGGGGCCGCGGAGAGCAGCCAGAAGUCAUCCAGCAAGCGGAGGAGGACGGCGAAGAGAGGGGCCGUUGUUGAUGCUGAAGAUGAAUAGACAUGGUGGUGGCUAUCUACGAUGUAUAAGUAUGGCCUGGUCAAAGAGCUUCCCGCGCUCGCUCCGAGCCCCGGUCUGAGCUCAAGAUCGUGCAUGGCAAGAAGCAAGCCACCCGUCGUUGUCGAGGGAUCUCGCACGGCUUUUACAAGUACAAAGGAGCAGCGCUUCAUUCGCAAGGCUCUCAGCUCAUGUACGAGCCUACAACCAGGCAAUUUAAUGCCAUGAAUUGAUGGCAAGUCGCCGCAUAAG